AUGGCUUCUUCGGCUAGACGCAAAGUUGCCGUGGUAACAGGAGCAAAUAAAGGCAUUGGUUUUGGCAUAGUACGAGGACUGUGCAAACAGUUUCAUGGAGACGUCCUGCUUACAGCACGAAAUGAAGAUAGAGGAAGGAAAGCCGUUGAAAAAUUGGAAAAGGAAGGUUUGCAUCCAAAAUUUCACCAGCUGGACAUCACUGAUCACCAGAGUGUUGUACGAUUAGCAGAGUUUCUUCGGAAGAACUAUUCAGGGUUGGAUGUGUUGGUGAACAAUGCAGCGAUUGCUUAUGAAUUCAAUGAUGUUCCUACUCCACCUUUCCCGGAAGAAGCCAUGGAGGUUUGUCACGUCAAUUAUUUCUCUACAUUGGAUGUCUGCCAGGUGCUGUUUCCUUUACUGCAACCUCAUGCAAGAGUCUGCAAUGUUUCCAGCAUCAAUAACCAGAUCUCCUUGCAACAGUAUUCCAGGGCUGUCCAAGCCAAAAUCAAGGACCCAAAUAUAACCUUGGAUGGUGUUAAUGCUCUGGUCAGACAAUUUAUUCAGGCAGCUCAAGCCAACAAACAUCUGGAGCAAGGCUUUGACAACUCUGCUUACGGCAUGUCCAAGAUAGCUGUAACCCUCAUGACCUCUAUUCAGCAGAAAGAGCUGGAUAAGAAAAAUGCUGAUGACGUUGUUGUAAAUUCUUGUUGUCCAGGUGUAGUGGUGACUGACUUGUGGACUGGGUCAGGAGUGUCUAUUGAUAAAGGAGCCAAGACUCCCUUGUACUGUGCUCUGCUUCCCCCAAAUGUAAAAACUCCUCGGGGAAAAUUUCUCAUCAAUAAUAAGAUUUACGACUGGCUGAAUGUGUAA